AUGAAUGAAGCAAAAAAGGCAAGAACUAUUGCUAAAUCAUCAUUUACCCGUAGUGCUAAAUCCAUCCAACGGCUAAUCGAACAAGGACGGCCCGAACCGGAAGUUGUCAAAGCAGGUGGCAUAUUUGAAACAGCCUAUGAGAGAGUACUAUCUAAGCAUGAAGAAUUUGCAAUGCUUGUAGAAGAAAAAGAUUAUGAACAGGAAGAAGAAUGGAUGGAAGAUGUGUCAAAAGAAUAUGAUGCUAUUUGUAUGAUGAUAAAUGAUUAUAAAAUAACCAUGGCUCCGAAGAACAAUAUUACAACCGAUAAAGUGGAAAAUCCAGCCAGCUCUCAGGAUGUCGAUGUGGACCCAAACAACACAAAUAUAUACCAUCUGGAUCAGGCGCAUUGA